UACAGAAUCGCACCACAGGCUUUCCUUCUUCUAAAGAGUUUUAUACGCAAGGUUGGCUGCGUCAUUUAAACUACUAUAUUAACUUGAAGUGGACAGAGAGAUUGAAAUCUCGGGCCCAAAGUUGGAAAAAGAAGAAGACACAAACCUCGUUACCGAGCGACAUCGACAUAGUUAACGUCUAUUUUCUCAGGGGGCGCGUCGAAUUCAUAAAAAUUUCUGAACCUUUGCUGAUGGCAGCUCUCAGGUUUCUCUCUGGUGAAAUAGUGUGACAGCUGAUUGUGAGAUCCGCGUAAUGAAAUGGAACGAAAAGGGAACAUUGCAACGUAAAAUUGUAAUGGCGAAAUUGUAAUGUGAACGAAAGUUGUCAAGGUUGCUCGGACAGCAUUUAUUAGUAGACACAACUAUUGUUUAAUAUCAUAAUAAUUCUCAAAAGCUCGACAAGUCUCCACUACAGCAUAAUGAUGCAUAAUCGCAGGCGAAGCAACAACUUUACAUAUGUUAGUUCUUGCGUAAAAUACAUGAUUUUUAUGCUAAAUUUCGUCUUCUGGUUAUUUGGAGGAUUGUUAAUUGGUGUAGGCCUCUAUGCAUUUGUGGAUAAGUGGCAAGCAACUGGAUCGGUCAGGGUGGAGAAUGUUUAUGAUGUAGUCCUAAAUAUUUCUUUAGUGAUGCUGAUAGCUGGUGGAGUAGUCUUUGUUGUUAGUUUCGCAGGAUGUGUGGGAGCACUUCGUGAGAAUACAUGUCUUCUUAAAUUUUAUUCAUUGUGUCUUCUAGUAUUUUUCCUCUUGGAAAUGGGUGUGGCAGUAGUCGGUUUUGUUUUUCCACAUACAUUGCAAUCUCUUUUGGAAGAAUCAUUUACUGAUAAAAUAAUUCAAACAUAUAGAGAAGAUCCAGAUUUACAAAAUUUCAUUGAUUUUGGACAACAAGAAUUUAGAUGUUGUGGCUUAAGUCAAGAAGGAUAUCUAGAUUGGGGAAAGAAUGAAUAUUUUAAUUGUACUAGCCCUAGUGUAGAACGUUGUGGAGUACCAUUCUCUUGUUGCAUAAAUGCUACUGAUAUAUCUAGUGGGCUUGUGAACAUAAUGUGUGGCUAUAAAGUCCAGAUGUUACCAGUAUCAGAAGCAAGCAAAAAGGUCUGGACUAGUGGAUGUAUUGAGAUCGUACGCAGUUGGGCAGAACGUAAUCUCUAUACAAUAGCUGGUAUCGCUCUGGGUAUUGCACUCAGUCAGCUUUUUGUGAUCUAUCUUGCAAAAACACUGGAAGGGCAGAUCGAGUUGCAAAAGUCACGUUGGCAUUCCUGAGCUUGACUUCAGGCCACCUACCGUUAUCAGAUACACUCUUUGGUUAACAGGCAGGUGGUCAGUGGCCGAUCGCGCAACCAAGACACAGAGACAAAUAUAAAUGCACGAAUGGCAUUACUUGUCAUCUUUGCGAUCUCUUUAUAUAUACUAUGCAUUUUGUCUCUUAUUAAGCUCGUUCUUUAUUUUAAGAAUUAUUUUCACUUGUAUGUAAACAAGGGAUAAAUACGUCGAUUAGCUUUUAUUCCUUAAAAUAUUAGUGGAUAAUAUAUUUGCAAUUAAGCAUUGAUAAAAAUUUAUUUACGAAGGGAUCGUUUAUGCGAGAUUGAUGAUUCAGAGGUACUAUUGAAAAUGAAAAUGAGAGAAUUUUACUAUGAAACUCUGUAAUAUAUGCUUUGUUGAGCAUACAAUUGUGUUAUGUUAUGCAAUGUAGAACUUAUAAACGAGUACGUAUAAGUACCUAUAUUUCUCAUAAAAUAUUUGACUUUCUCAUUAUUGAGUUUUAGCCUUUUAUUAGAUAUUUAUUUUUUGUCUCACAAUCGGAUCAUUCUUGGCGACGUAAUUUAUUGAUUAAAAAU